GGCGCUUCCGCUGGGAGCCGGAUGUUGGCGGGUUUCUCCUGCGAGCGGGUUCUUGGUGCUGCUUCGUGCAGAGACGCUUCGGACCAGCUGUCGCCUGUUUCUGCGUGUCCCGUCCCCCCUCCGCGCUAGGCCCCGGCCCCGCCCGCCCUCCUGUCCCGGGUCCUCCGCGGCGCUCACUUGGGACUCGGCCCUGGCCGUUGGUGACAGGAUAUGUAACAUGACACUGAUACUCUGGACAGUUUAUCAUAGGCGCCUCAGUGAAGUUAUUUCCUUGAAGUAAUGCCCACAGAAAGUGGAAGUUGUGCAACUGCUCGGCAAGCAAAGCAGAAGCGCAAAUCGCACAGUCUUUCUAUACGAAGAACCAACAGUUCUGAGCAAGAAAGGACGGGAUUGCAAAGAGAGAUGUUGGAAGGGCAGGAUACUAAACUUCCUUCAUCUGUUCGGAAUACACUUCUGGAGCUUUUUGGGCAAAUAGAGCGAGAGUUUGAAAACCUUUAUAUUGAAAAUUUGGAAUUACGUCGAGAGAUCGAUACACUUAAUGAGCGCUUAGCAGUUGAAGGACAGACAAUUGACGGAGCUGAACUGAGCAAAGGACAACUGAAAACAAAAGCCAGUCAUAGUACCAGUCAGCUUUCACAGAAAUUGAAGACCACUUACAAGGCAUCUACCAGCAAGAUUGUAUCCAGUUUCAAAACUACAACAUCGAGGGCAAUCUGUCAACUGGUGAAGGAGUAUGUUGGCCACAGGGAUGGUAUUUGGGAUGUCAGUGUCACGAAAACUCAGCCAGUGGUGUUGGGGACGGCAUCUGCUGACCAUACUGCCUUGCUGUGGAGUAUAGAAACAGGAAAGUGCCUUGUCAAAUAUGUAGGGCAUGUUGGAUCAGUAAAUUCUAUAAAGUUCCAUCCAACGGAGCAAGUAGCCCUUACAGCAUCUGGAGACCAGACGGCUCACAUUUGGAGAUAUAUGGUACAGUUGCCCAUGCCUCAGCCAACAGCAGACUGCAAUCAAAUGUCUGGGGAAGAUGAAAUUGAGUUUUCAGAUAAAGAUGAACCUGAUGGAGAUGCAGAUGGUUCCAGUGACUGUCCCACUAUCCGAGCUCCCUUAACCUCCCUGAAAAGCCAUCAAGGAGUAGUCAUAGCAGCUGACUGGUUGGUUGGAGGGAAGCAAGCUGUAACAGCUUCCUGGGAUAGGACAGCAAAUCUGUAUGAUGUGGAGACAUCUGAACUUGUCCAUUCACUGACAGGGCAUGACCAAGAGCUAACCCAUUGUUGUACACAUCCCACUCAACGUCUUGUGGUGACAUCAUCACGUGAUACAACCUUCCGUCUGUGGGAUUUCAGAGAUCCUUCUAUCCAUUCUGUGAAUGUCUUUCAGGGCCACACAGACACCGUGACAUCAGCUGUUUUCACAGUGGGUGACAAUGUUGUUUCGGGUAGCGAUGACCGUACUGUAAAAGUCUGGGACUUGAAAAAUAUGCGAUCUCCUAUUGCUACUAUCCGUACAGACUCUGCAGUGAACAGGAUUAAUGUAUGUGUUGGCCAAAGAAUCAUUGCCCUUCCACAUGACAACCGUCAGGUUAGAUUAUUCGACAUGUCAGGAGUGCGAUUAGCACGGCUCCCUCGCAGUAACAGACAGGGCCAUAGAAGAAUGGUUUGCUGUUCAGCUUGGAGUGAAGACCAUCCAAUAUGUAACCUAUUUACCUGUGGGUUUGAUCGUCAAGCUAUUGGCUGGAACAUCAACAUCCCUGCCUUGUUACAGGAAAAAUGAGAUGCUGGAACAAUUUUUGCUUUUGUUGCCAUGGACUUGUAAACUUUUUUGUUGUUGCAGACUCUCCUGAAUAUUAGUCUGCCUUCAUUGUAAAAGUUCUCCCUUAAAAGGAGUGCUUUGUUGUUACCACAUUGUGCACCAUUUGCAUGUAAUGUACAGAAAAUGUGACUUUUUUAAAAAUUAGUUUGUCUUGUGUAUGAACUUUUAUAUCUUGGCAUCCACUAGUCAGUAGAAAGGAGUUCACUGUUAUAUAGAGCACAUAAGUGUUUGUAAGUUAUUCAGCAUUUGCUAGAUGAACAGUAGGGCAUUACAUUUGUGACUUAAAUGUGAAAUUUAUAUACUUAUUGUGAAGAAUAUAUAGUAGUCUAUUGCAUUUUCCAUAAUUUUACAUAUCUGCCUUGAGUUAAAAGGAAUCUGCAGGGCUGAACUUCAAGAAGUGUGAAUUUCAGUAAUAGUAUCAUGUUAAACAUUUUCUUGUUUGCAUCUGUCUGAAGUAUGAUUUUUAGUGCUGCAAUGUAGUGUAACUUCAACUCCAAUUUUAUUUCUAGUUACUAGAGAAAUAACAUGGAGUUGAGAAAGGAAAAAACAAGCAGCCUCUUGUAGUGUGCAUAGAAUGCUGCAUUAAAACAUUCAGGAUGUUUUUGCACAUUUUCUCUUGAAAAAGAACAAGAAAAUGUUCAUUCUGCCCUUCAUGCAUAAAGCUCAUUCCAAUCUUAUAUCAUCUCACACUAGCAAAAAUCCAGAAUAUUAUGGUUCUAAUCACUGAAAUCUAUUCAAGCAAAUUUUUAAAGCACUUUAGUUUAUAGCUAUUGUUAUAAACCAUUUAUGAAAGUUUCAGAUGUUCCACUGAAUGUGAGUUGACUUAUAUAGGAAGGAUUUGACACUUUUUGGUUACCUACCCCGAAAGGAAAUUUUGUUUGUUUUUACACCUUCAGUGAACAUGUUUUUAAAUGGGUUCAUUUCCCUAGUUUUAUUUUGAGCCAGCAAUAUGAAGUAAAUGAGUACUACCUCAAAAAAUGAAUUUCGGUCAGGAUAAAUUGAGUCUUUCCAUAACCUCGAGAAAGUGCUUUUGGUCUGUGUCUGAAAUACUGUCUUUAAGAUGAAGAAAGACAAUCAUGCCAAAUGUGAUUUUUUAAGAUAAUUAACAUUUAAGGCUAAUGGGGCAAUACCACAGAUAAACAUCAUGUGUCAUCUUUGUUCUUUCAGCUCUAACUAGGGCUGCUGCGGUCCCUUCUCCAUUCCAGAGGGAAUAAUUCUGUAGCUUUUCCCUCCUUACUCCCAAGUGAUCUUACACUGGCUUUUCUCCUCAUUGUGUUUAGCCUUGUACUGGUAUUGUGUUGAGUUAUUCCCAGCUGUUGUUCAAAUAAGCAAAUGCAUAUGGCAGCUGACAUUUUCAGAAGGAAGAGGAAGGCUGCUUUAGACCGACCUUUUAGCUCUGUCCCUAAGUGUGUGACAUAUCACAACAUAAGAUGAAAGAUCAAAGUAAUUAGAUGGUGGCUUCUUAUAUAGUAGGAUAUUUUAAGUGGAUUGCCAUAAGAUAUUAAGUAUUAUGAUCUUCUAAUCACAUUCUUAUGAUUAUAUGAAACAAAAGCUGAGCUUGAGUCCUCUACAGCACUGCUUAGAAUGAAGUUGAGAGGCUGAUUUGUUAACCGGAUCUUUCAUUCAUUAGUAUAUGAAGGCAAAGAGGUGGAGUAGGAGGGGAGAAUAAGUGCACCAUUAAGUAAUUAUGAAAAAAUUGGGGUCCUAGCAGUAAGCUGAAGCAUAAAACUAUGAAAGGAUAAUAAGGGGUGAGGUGGUUAAUGGAGAGACUAAAAGAGCAUAUAUGUGGCGACUUCAUAGAGCAGAACAUCUUACAGUAGCUUGAUCUUUCAAAACACAUGUUUUUCUGAGUAACAGUAUAUAUGUAGACUGUGAGUCUUUCAGAAUUGCCACACUUUCAUACCUGAUAGUGAAGAGUUCAGAUGAUCAGCUGUAGGCUUUAAUUGCUGGUAUCUGAAGACUUUUAUUUAGAGGACCCUGUCAAAGUAUCUUCGGUAAUUGUCAAGUGGUUUUUUGUUUCUAACAAUUUGGAAGAUAGAAUUUAAACUCUCAUCAGAUUUUUUUUUUUUUUUUAUUCUCUGGGGCAUACACACUGGGUUGGUGUUGGGCUACAGACAUGUUUUUUACAAACAAGACUAAAACAUAUUUUUGUUAGAGAGGAAGGAAAAGAAACAUAAGCACAGAUGCAGUCUGGAUACUUAAAAAAAAAAAAAAAAAUUCACAUUUUGCCAUGUGCACCUCCUGCUAAUAGAAUCAAAGCAGCUUCAGGUUGGUCCAUAUCCAGUAUCCCGAGCAAUGAUUAACCAUUUAAUUUGCUUGGACUUGACAAACUUAGGUUGGAGGAAAGGUUAAUAGUGUGAUUCUACUAUCCUAAACUGUAUUUAACAUAUACAUAUGUAACACAGCCAUUAGAAUCUAUGCAGUUUAAUUGUCAUUGUUUCCAGUGGCUGCUGACCUUUAUAUCACCAGAGUGAUCAAGCUCUGACAUCAGAAAGAAGUAUACACUUAUUUCCUCUGGGGAUGGAGUGGAGGAACCAACCAAGGUGCUAGAGACAGGUUCUCAGGAGCAGACUAAUACUUAAUCAGUUGAAUGACUGUACCAUCUUUUAACUUUUAUAUAUUCUACUACUUGGAUGAAAUAUUGAGGCCAUACAUUUCCCUUUCCAGUAAGGCAAAGAUUGAUGGUGGACAAUGUUACGCUGACUGAACAUGUGUAAGCAUUUCAGUUUUGGUCAUGCAUGGAAUCGAGAGUGUUCAAAAGAGAGCUAAUCAGUGCUGAACUAAUUAUAUCCAACAUUUCAUAAAAUGGAGGAAAGUUGCUGUUACAUAUUUUCAUUAUUGAUGCAGAACUUCACUUGGAUGCAUCACUGGACAAACUCUAAGAUCUUUUGUGGGGGGGAGGGUGUUUCCACAUAAGCAGUGAAUAUUGGUUUUCACAGACUCAAAUUCUGUACAUACUUUAGAGUCAGAAUAAUUUGGUGUGAAACAUCUUAUUUGUUGUCUAAGUCUGUGAAAGCCAAUUUUUUGGGGGGGAAAAAUCCUGAAUUUAUAAAUAUGUGAAACGACUUGUUUUUAUUUACUUGUAUUCUGCUGAUUGUUUUUAGAUGUUUAGUGUUUUCUUCAUUACAGGUUGAAAAUGCAUUAAAUCAUUCAACAGAGUUUUGUAACUUGCUGUUCAUAAACUCUGUCCUUAUUACCUUAGUGUUGCUGUUACCUCAGUAUUGCAGCCAAUGGGAAAGCAAUCAAAUGAUUCCCCGCCACCAUCAUAAUUUUCAACCCUGAUCUCUCUCUUCUACUCUAGUUCGGUUUCCAAGGCAAUGGCAGGCAGAUUGCUGCUGGAAAAGGGCUAAAGCUGUCCCUGAAAAUAUGACUUCUGUGUUGUAAUUUGCUAUGCUGACAGUUCAAUAUAGAUUUAAAAAGGGCUCAAAUGUCUUUUAUUUCCAUUUUUUUUUCAAAUUCCGUAUAAGCAAAUCUUUAAUUGCAUCUUGUUGCACAGGUUAUAAACGCCCUUUUUUAAAAAACGUUGUAUGAAAUUGAUUUUUGUGCUUAAAGAAACUAGUUAAAAUGAAUACAGUACAAUUUUAAUUUACCACUGAUAUCACAAUAAACUGAGAUGAAGAUUAA